AGCCUAUAUAACUCCUCGAUUUCUUCUCAAUCGUUCCCGAUUUCAUAACAAACAUAAAAAAAGAUAACGCCCACGGAUCGAAAACAACAACCCAAUCUCAUAUUUUUCCAUUGACACGCGAUAGCGGGGUAUAAAAACCUCUAUCACGCACCCGGGUGCACAUUACCAAUCAGUACCCAACAUGAAAUUCGUGAUCCUCCUGAGCCUUGUGGCGUUCUGCUACGCGGUGCCCUUCCCCAUGAAGAGCAUUGACUUCACCGAAGAUGGCAAGAUCGUCAUUACGGAGCCAACUGGAAAAAGGGUCACCAUCUACAAGAGCUUGGGCCCAGCCGGCGGAAGGACCUUCCAGAUCCAGGUUGAAGGUCCCAACUUCCCUACCAAGUCUGUGCAAAUCGACGAGGACCCACACAAGACAAUGGGGGUGCAUAAGGACAUCUCAGUAGGAAGAAAAGGUCUAGAUAUCAUCAUCGACAAUCCCUACUUUCCUAAAGCCAUUCACGUUGACAAGAACCACCUUCAUGAUCAUACUCACUAUGAUCACGUCCAUCAUGGUCAUGAGUAUGAUCAUCACCAUGAUCAUCACGUUGAUCACAACAAGGUGUACAGUGCUGGCAAAGGGUCCACCGCCGUCCAUGAGGUCGAGAAGAGAGCCAGCAAACUGCCCACCAAGCCCCUUUCCCAAUCCGAACUUCUGGACGAGCUCCUGAAGGAAUUCCAGGGUGCUGUUACCGAUAAGGAGUACGAGAAGCUGUUGAGCAAAGUGUACAAGUUCGUCAAAACCGGAGACUUGGACCCCGUCGUCUAUGAAAUGCUCUUCGAAAUGAGUGUAACCCCUGUCAGCCCAGUCGACAAGAAACAACCAAACACAUCAGAAGUCUCUCCCUCUUCUCCAAUCUACCCAAUUUACAGGGAUUGGAUCAACUACAAGAUGAGCCUAGUCAACGACAAAAUCGCCUCCAAGAACCCCUACGAAACCCCCAUGUUUGGGUACAAGCAGCCUGGAUAUGACCAGGCCUACAACAGACCUGUAUAUGGAUACGACAGACCUGUCUACGGGUACGAAAGGCCCACUUACGGAUACUCUGGUGUCCAGUCAGCAUAUUCAGGUGUUCAUCCAGCUUCCGGAUACUCUGGUGCGCACCCAACUUAUGGAUAUUCAGGGGUACAGCCUGCACCUACCUAUGGAUACCCAGGAAUGUAUCCUGUCGGAAGGGUUCCAUACCAGGCACCAUACCACUACGGACCUUACUCACAGGACUACCAGAGGACGGGAUAUGAGGGUGUUGCCUCCCACCCAACAUACUACAACCGUCCUGCCACUACAACCUAUUAGUUUUAAAUACUCGUAUUUUGUAUAUGUGAUGUGAACUUUUCCAAUAAAGUUUUUUAAAAA